CAUGGUUCUGAGACAGAACAUCAGAAGCCAGCAACGGAAAGGUGGAAAGCUGGAGGCCAACUUCCUUGGGCCCUUUACAAUCAUUGCACUUGCCGGCAAGAGUGCUGAUCUUCAAGGGGAAAAUGGCUCUGUUCAUAAAAAAGUCAGCAUUGACCAUCUGAAACCCUUUAAGCAGUGUGAUGUAAGGGUACCACAAAAGAUUGUAUCCAGUGUAUCCAAUGUAUCCAGUUCCCCAGCAUCUGCUGCUCCGCACAGUUCCCCAGCCUCAACCACAGAAGCAUCCGCUGCUCCUCACAGUUCCCCAGCAUCCGCUGCUUCCCACAGUUCACCAGCCUCAACCACAGAAGCAUCCGCUGCUCCUCACAGUUCCCCAGUAUCUGCUGCUCCGCACAGUUCCCCAGCCUCAACCACAGAAGCAUCCGCUGCUCCUCACAGUUGCCCAGCAUCCGCUGCUUCCCACAGUUCCCCAGCAUCCGCUGCUCCUCACAGUUCCCCAGUAUCUGCUGCUCCGCACAGUUCCCCAGCCUCAACCACAGAAGGAUCUGCUGCUCCAGCUGACACAUGCCCUGCAUCAUCAGAAUCAGCAAAUGAAAACUAUAAAGAAACAGAGAUUGCUAAAUAUGUGAAUGAGGUGUGGUCUGGAAAAUUCCAGAAUGCUUCUGUGAUAUUAUCCAAGAUUGGACCUUACAA